AUGAGGAGUGGAUUAUGUGAGAGAGGAACAAUAGCCUUCCGCUCCCUUCGACUCACACAACUUUACCCUCGCUCUCCUCCUACUCCCGCUUGUCUGGCGCCGUCACUUCUCUCAGCCUCUAUCUCUUCCAAUCGCUCCCUCACCACCUCCUACAGGUGCCUCCUUCUCAAACUAGCCUCCUAUUCUUCAUUGUCUGUAACGUCGUCGUUUCGUACCACCAUGACGGGCGUCGAAUCUAAGGGGGUGGAGUGGCCCGCUAAGCGUGUCAGGGACACGUUUAUGAGGUUUUUCGAGGAGAAGAGCCACGUUUACUGGAAGUCUAGCCCUGUUGUGCCUCACAACGAUCCCACUCUUCUAUUCGCCAAUGCUGGUAUGAACCAGUUCAAGCCCAUCUUUUUGGGCGCAGCUGACCCAAACACUCAGUUAAGCAAGCUGACUCGAGCUUGCAACACGCAGAAAUGUAUAAGAGCAGGUGGGAAGCACAACGAUCUCGAUGAUGUAGGAAAAGACACUUACCACCAUACCUUCUUUGAGAUGCUUGGAAAUUGGUCUUUUGGGGAUUAUUUCAAGAAAGAAGCCAUUGGGUGGGCUUGGGAGCUUCUCACCCAGGUUUAUAAGCUGCCAGAAGAUCGAAUUUAUGCCACCUAUUUUGGUGGUGAUGAGAAGGCUGGUCUUGCUCCUGAUAAUGAAGCUCGAGAUAUAUGGCUUAAGUUUUUACCACCUGCUCGGGUACUACCUUUUGGGUGUAAGGAUAAUUUCUGGGAGAUGGGUGAUACUGGUCCUUGUGGUCCUUGCACUGAAAUUCAUUAUGAUAGAAUAGGUAAUCGUGAUGCUGCAUCCUUAGUCAACAAUGACGAUCCUACCUGCAUUGAAAUAUGGAAUCUCGUCUUUAUUCAGUUCAAUAGGGAAAGUGAUGGCUCUCUAAAAUCGCUGCCUGCUAAGCAUGUUGACACUGGGAUGGGAUUCGAAAGAUUAACUUCUGUACUUCAGAACAAGAUGAGCAAUUAUGAUACUGAUGUGUUCAUGCCCAUCUUUGAUGCUAUCCAACAGGCAACAGGGGCUCGGUCAUAUUCAGGGAAAGUUGGGCUGGAUGAUGUAGACAAAGUUGACAUGGCAUACAGAGUUGUCGCAGAUCAUAUAAGAACUCUUUCAUUUGCCAUUGCUGAUGGGUCUCGUCCAGGCAAUGAUGGUCGUGAAUAUGUUCUAAGGCGAAUUCUUCGUCGGGCUGUUCGGUAUGGAAAUGAUGUCUUAAAAGCUAAAGAAGGAUUCUUUAAUGGGCUUGUAGGCAUUCUGGUGACAGUGAUGGGUGAUGUUUUUCCAGAGGUGAAACAGCAUGAAGCACAUAUUAGGGAGAUAAUCAAAGAGGAGGAAGAAACUUUUGAGAAGACUUUACAGAAGGGAAUAGAAAGAUUUAAGAAGGCUGCUCAGGAUGUUCAAGGGAAAACAUUUAGUGGGCAGGAUGCUUUUGUCUUGUGGGACACGUAUGGGUUUCCAUUAGAUUUGACACAGUUGAUGGCAGAGGAAAGGGGGUUACUAGUUGAUGUUGAGGGUUUCAAUAAUGCUAUGGAUGAGGCUCGGGAAAGAUCAAGGAAUGCUCAAACUAAGCAAGCUGGUGGUGCUAUUGUUAUGGAUGCCGAUGCUACUGCUGCAUUGCACAAGAGGGGGGUUGCUGCAACAGAUGACAGCUUUAAAUUUAUCUGGUGCCAGGACCAUGAAAGUGUGAUAAAAGCAAUUUACACCGGUUCUGAGUUUAUUAAUAGUGCUUCUGCCGGCAAUGAAGUUGGUAUAGUUUUGGGAUCAACAAGCUUCUAUGCUGAGCAAGGUGGUCAGAUUUUUGAUACUGGAUCACUUGAAGGAUCCUCUCUCUCAUUUCAAGUUUGCAAUGUUCAAAUUUAUGGAGGUUUUGUUCUUCACAUUGGUUCUUUUUCUGGGGAGAAUGGCAAACUCUCUGUUGGUGACAAAGUAAAUUGCAAGGUUGACUACAAUAGGCGUACACUCAUUGCGCCCAACCAUACCUGCACGCACAUGUUGAACUUUGCUCUGAGGGAAGUUCUUGGCAGUCAUGUUGACCAGAAGGGUUCUAUUGUUCUUCCAGAAAAAUUAAGAUUUGAUUUUUCUCAUGGCAAGCCGGUAGAACCUGACAAUUUGAGAAGAAUAGAGUCAAUUGUGAAUGAGCAAAUUAAAGAAGAAUUGGAUGUUUUUGCUAAGGAGGUAACCCUGGUUGAAGCCAAGCGUAUCAAUGGUUUAAGGGCUGUAUUUGGAGAGGUAUAUCCUGACCCAGUAAGAGUGGUGGCUGUUGGGCGAAAAGUUGAGGACCUCCUGGCUGACCCCGAAAAUAAGGAAUGGUCAUCAAUUUCAGCAGAACUUUGUGGAGGGACUCAUAUAUCAAAUACGAGGGAAGCCAAGGCCUUUGCUCUUUUAUCUGAGGAGGGAAUUGCCAAGGGAAUACGUAGGAUAACUGCUGUCACAACUGAUUGUGCUUUUAAGGCAAUUGAAUUGGCACACUCGCUUGAGCAGGAAGUAGAUGAAGCGUCCAAGGCUGAAGGAAGCUUGCUGGAGAAGAAAGUAGCUUCCUUAAAGUCUCGGGUGGACUCGGCACCAAUUCCAGUGGCUAACAAAGCUGAAAUAAGGGCCAAAAUUGCUGUACUUCAGAACCAAGUGAGGAAGGCACAAAAGAUUAUUGCUGAGCAAAAUAUGCAAAAUGCUGUCAAGGUUGCAACUGAGAUGGCCGAAGUUGCUGCUUCAGAUGGGAAAGCUUACUGUGUAUCCCAUGUUGAUGUUGGUUUGGAUGCGGCUGCAGUUCGCGAGGCAGUUGUGAAAGUCAUAGAGAAGAAGGGAAUGCCUGCCAUGGUUUUCAGCACAGAUGAAACCACAAAUAAGGCUGUGGUUUGUGCUGGCGUACCAGGAGACAAAGGGAACCAGUUGGAGGUGUCAGAGUGGUUGACUGCAUCUCUGGGUCCCCUGAAAGGAAGGUGUGGUAAAGGAAAAGGUGGCCUUGCGACUGGCCAGGGAACAGAUGCGUCUCGUCUAAAUGAAGCAGUAGACCUUGCAACGUCUUUUGCACAGAUGAAAUUGAGAUGA